CAUUCCCAAAGCAAUUUCCGCAGUGUGCGCCAUGGCAGUCCGAUGCCGCGAGCAACCAUUGACAAGUACUACGUGGGGAGCUCAGGAAAUGGGGCGUGAAAGUCCGGGCAGUUGACGAAAGACCUUUGCAGUCUUCCUGGCCCCGAAGAGUUGCUCGAGAAGGUCAAGGGGCACCUGCGUUUGCUGACCCUGCUGCAUUUUCUGAGAGCUGGAGGAUAUUGUUGCAAAAACUUUCACCCGGUACUUCUCGGUCUCAACGAGUUUGCUACUACAACCACCCUUGCCUUAUGGAUGGAUCGUCAGGCUGCGGACGUGAUAUGGGGCUCUACUCUGCUUAUGUUGAAGGGAGAUUGGAUCCGAAACUAUGUGUCGCUCCAUAGAAUCUCGCGCAGUGUCGCUGAUCACGUCGGUUAAUUUGCUGAACCUGCCUGAGCUCCCAGACAUGUUUGAAGAGCUAGACCAGGCUCUACUCAGAUUCGGUCGAUGUCAGCGAGGACUUUCCGUGACGUCCGCUCUGGAGGAUGCUCUCCUUAAUGGUUAUACGGCGAUCAUAAUCUUCUGCGCGCAUUUGUUUGCGUUCUUUCGAAACAAUCCAAUUAUAAACGAGACUUGCCGGGCGUGGAAUAAGUUUCAAAAACGAGGUUCCAGCGGACAUAGCGAAAAUUCGACAUUUUCAAGGCUACUCGACGAAGAGGCCAGUGUGGUUCGUCGCUCUGGAGAGACCAAAAAAGUGGAUAAGGCCGAGCCCACUAGGAAUCAACAUAUCUCUCAGCCGAUUGCGAAGAGUCUUCCAUGCUACGUGAUACCAUUUGGCCUGAAUGUGAGAUUUCUCGGUAGAAGCGAUGAGACGGAUGCUCUACAGGGAGCCCUCCAUCCUCAAGAUGAUGGUGAACACCUCGAAGUCAUGGUGUUCUAUGGAAUUGGUGGGGUUGGAAAGACGCAGCUUACCCUACACUACGCCAAUCCUUCCAUGAAGCUAUACCAUGGUGUGAUAUGGAUACCGUCUGAGACUCAAGCUACAAUGGCGCAGGGACUCUCAAAAUUUGCGGUGAAGCUUGGCUUGCUACAAGCUGAAGGCCGCAACGAUAACUAUCACUCACGACCGUCGAAUGAAACUGACGCAGCGGCGGCAAAGGGGUUGCUCCGGUUUCUCGGUGGCCUAUCCCUAGCUACGGUCCAGAUAAGCGAAGUUAUGAACGACCGAGGUUAUUCCUAUGAGGAGAUCCUGCAGGUACACCAACGCUCAGCCACAAAGGCGUUCACGGGAACUGGAGCACCGGUACAAUAUGGACGUACAUUAGAUACAGCGUGGGAGUGUUCAUUUGGAAAACUCUCUGCUGAGUCAAAGACAUUGCUGAAGAUUCUUACUUUUGACCUGGAUCUUAUCUCGGAGUCAAUAUUAAACAGAAGACUUGGAAUUGCAGAUACUGCCAUGGAGAUUCUGUUUGAUGAUUUUGAUUUCGGGGUUGGUGUGAUCGAUCUUACGAGAGCAGCAUCUCUGGUCAGUCGGCUAUCAACACAUAGAGCUAUUUCGAUCCAUCGCCUCGUCCUAUUUAUAGUGUUUUCGCGGUUGAUCACGGACAAGACGUCUACCUUCCUCAACUAUGCGAUCAGGAUGCUAUCUUCUAGCUUUCCUAACACCUGGAAUGAGAGGGUUCGUAAACUAGGUCAUGGCCGGGCUUCAUGCGACAAAUAUAGCAAGAUUCUCUCCCAUGUCGGCUGGCUCAUGGCAUUAACUCGAGCGAAUUUGCUUAUCGUUACCAGUCCGGAGCUUCUUGCGGAAUUAGUCUUCCGUGCCGGAAGGUGAGUACGAAACCCUGAAGUUAACGGCAGUAUCAAGUACGGAGCAUGUACCCUGAGACGCCCGAAUAAGAGAGCUCUGGGAGAAUGAGCAGCUCAUGACCGCCUGAUCAUUCUUUGAAUUCGGUCUCCAGCUUAAGAUUAGCGCGUGCAACUGCGAACUAUGCACAGGCAUAUCACCUGCUAGGCCACAUCGCACUGGAUCUGGCGCAACCAAGCGCUGCACGAUCUGUGUAUCGACAGGCAUUCAGAGUGAGAGAAGCACUUGAAGGGCCGCAUUCACCCUCGGUGGCGGAUAUAUAUGGCGAUAUUGCCUGCAGCUAUACCGAGCAAGGAAACGUUGCUGACGCUUUGAAAUAUAUCCACGUUUUCAGAAACUCAUGAUGUUAAAUGAUUCACUCCUGAUGACCGAAACGCAAUCGAUAUACGCCAUGAUACACCACGGGGCAACCGGAAAGAGCACUAGGCGCAUUGGAGUACUGUUGUAAGCUGCAAAAUUUGAUUGAAAAACAAUUCGUCCAGUUCCAAUCACUGGGACAGAGUGGAGACAUCAUCAUUCUGUGCAGGAUCAGGUACGGGUAAGGUCUGAGAGAAGAGGCCCGGCAGCUUGCUUGCAUCCGAAGCGGUUGCCAUGCGUCACAACUUCUUUUGAAGACAAAGGGCCUCGAGGUGUCUCAAUGUUCUUAGCAACCCGAAUGGCAGAAGCUGACGGUGAGGAUGCCCUGGUAGCAAGUCUCUUGUACGCGGUUUCCGAGAUGAGCCGAGGGAUAUCUAACAUGCAGGGCCACCUCGCACGGUCGCUGUGGUUUCUGACCAUGGUAAAGGAGAGAAGGGGAGAUCCCGUGGGAGCUGAACAACUUAGGAUCGAAGCGGAAAGGGAGCGGGAUAAAGUCGAUGGAAACACUGCUAGCUCAUUCAUGAGCCUGGUACCAUGGGUGCUCUGGUGAUAGUAAACGGAAGGUAUCCGGCUCAUCGCGAUAGCCCCCGGGCCCAUGAGACGAUAUCAAAGACAGUGAUGCGCGUUGGCCAUCGCAUUGAUGGCCGGUCAACGAAUACUCCAGGGCACCUGGUGUUGUGCUAUGGCACGAUACGAGAAGUAAACAUGGUUGAAUUCUCUCAAGUCCCACGGUGCUUGUGAGCUACUAUACAUAGUAGCCAAGAGAGGGAAGGGUGACAGUGUCGGAACUCGUUGGCCACUUACUGAUGGCGCUGCUCGGCAGGGAGCAUCAAUGAAAGGCAUCUCCACCACCUGAUUGGCAUGUGAUGGGAAUCCGCGUGGAUUUGGAUUGGAUAUACUCCGUACCUUACGGGAGAGCCUUCAUUGCGAUGCUUCGCCACAUUGACAUAUGUCCAUCCAAGUGCAGUCAGAGUCCAAAGAGUCGAACUUCUCCCU